UUUUUGUUGUUUUUUACUCUUUUAAAUGUACCACAAAAUUUAAACUAAAAACACAGGGUAGACUCAAAUUUCAAGAGUGCAAAUUACAUUAGCCUUCGCCUAAUUAUAGUAUAGUUCAAAUAAUAAAAUUACAAAACAUUUAUAUUAAUUGCUUAGUGCCACUUGUUUUUAGUAUUCAGAAUCAAAAUGGAAGAAAUUGAUAAGAUAAUUAUUGAUUCCCUCAGACACAUAAAUUGGUAGCGAUAUAGAUGAAGAAAUUUUAAACCUGAAACAGUUUUACCCAGACCUUGUGGUAGAUGCAGUGUCUACAUGUUUAGAGGUUAUGAAUCCUCAAAUUAAGCUUCCAAAAAAACUUCCAGCAUCUAUGAGUGCCCGAAUAAAGUUUGCCUCCAGUUUGGCAGAACAGAUUAAAGAAUAUGGGUUUAAAGGAGAUAUGGGUUAUCAAACAAUUUUAUAUUGCAAUGAGGUUGAAGUUCGAAGGGUACUAACGUUCCUUUUAGAACGUCUUCCAAAGGAAUCGAAUAAUGCGGAAUCUCAAGAACCAAUCGGAUAUGUGCCUAAAAUAGUCAAACAAAUAGAAGAUCGACUUCAACAGGCACUUAGUAAAACAUGGUUGCCAUCGCAUAUUUUGCAUUAUGGAGUUAGGCCGAUCGAGGAUGGCUAUAUCGUUAAUAGCUUUGGAAACAGUGCUCCUAUUGACACAGUUAGCUUAAUUAUUCCAGAAGACAACCUUAGCCCUGACCAGGCUGCAUACAUUCCAAACAUAACGGACCAAUGUAAUCGAAGACAGCUUAUCCCGUCCCUGUUAUUUCAUGAUACCGAUUUUUCUGCCCAUUCCAAUUGGAAACAAAUUGUCUCAAAGGCUUCAGUUCCAAAAAGUAUAUCCAACGAAAUUUUAGCCAAUAUAGCAAAUAGUACUGCCAUUGAAAGUCUUAGCAGUACUACAAGUAUACCUGGGAAUAAGAACCUUCAAACCUCAGAGGAAAGUAAAAGUGACGUUCUCUUAAAAGAAUUAGGUGAAAAGAAAUGUGCUUUUAUUAAUCUUCAAGCAGACGUCAGUCAAAUUGAAGAAAAACUAGAGAAGAUCAGGAUGCAAAAAGGGGAAGAACAAAAAUUACUAGAAGAAUUAAUAGCCAAUGUUAAUGUUAAAAAGAAAACGUUGGCUGUACUACACAAUCCAGAAAAUAAACAGAAAUUAAAAAACAUUAUUCAAAAACUGGAGAAUAGGCUUGUAGAAUUAGCCGAUCAGUGGAAUGAAGUUCAAACGCCUUUACUACAAGAACUGAAUGUUUUAAAAAGUUCGGUCGGCUCGGAGACCUUAAAAAAUGAAGAAGAAAGGAACAAAUUAAAUAAUUUAAGAGCUACAUAUAAGGAGUUAGUAGACAAUUUUAAAGAAAAGAGCGUUUUGGAAGAAAACCUAAUUGAGAGGUGCAAAGAUUUGAAUAAUAGAAAUAACAGAGCGGCAUACACAAAGAGGAUAAUGGAUAUAGUAGGAAACAUAAAAAAACAAAAAAAAGAAAUCCAGAAAAUCUUAGUGGACACCAAGAAGGUGCAAAAGGAUAUAUCAAAUCUAACUGGACAAGUAGAAAGGUCGUUUACACUUAGCGAUGAAAUAAUUUUUCACGAUUGCAAACAUGAUGAAUCAGCUAGAAAAGCCUACAAACUAUUAGCGGCCCUUCGUGAAGAAUGCAACCGGAUAUUGCAGGCAAUAUCAGAUAUAGGACAAGUGGAAAGGGAAUUCCGGAAUUUGGAUGAGCAAACUGAGGCGGAAAGAAAUAAAGACGUUUGUGAUAAGCUGAGAAAGAUCCAGAGAGAUUUGACUGAGAUACAAAAAGAAAUUCAAUUGUUGCUAUGAAGGACAUUAAAUUAUGUCUAGCUUUGUAGAUACUAAUUGUGUACCUAAAUUUUUUUAAGUUGUUUUUCAAAAGUGAAUUAUUAUAGUUUGAUUCUUAUGAUUAAGGAAAUAAACUUUAUAUGAUAUUGAAUGAGAACGUGACGUAAAUAAUCGACAUUUGAGUUUUCAAUAAAAGUUUCGCAGUUUGUUUUAUUUGGUUGA